CGGGAGUGCUAGCGCCGGCAGCCCGUACUUUUCUCGGGCUCCUGUUCAACUGGUGCGUUUCUCUCAUGUCUGUGCAGACGGUGUACUUGGCUGCAACAGUGCGCCUCGCGUAGCCCUGACGACUUUUCUGCGAGGUGAUGGCUUCAGAAACGUCGGUCAUCGCGUGACUCAGACCCGGUGAUCAGUGUUGCACGAGCGUGUCUGUUGUUAUCAGCUCGUUGGGCGCCCGACUGUCGUCGGUUUCUGUUCGCCUGCGGGCAUCGUUUAGUUCCGCAGCUACGAUUUCGUAAAACAAGAGAUGAACCGUCCAAUUCAAGUGAAGCCGGCCGAUAGUGAAAACAGGGGAGAGGACCGAAAGUUGUUCGUUGGGAUGUUGGGGAAGCAGCAGUCGGAAGACGAGGUGCGCCAGCUUUUCCAGCCAUACGGCACAAUAGAAGAAUGUACAAUACUCCGGGGCCCUGAUGGCCAAAGUAAAGGUUGUGCAUUUGUCAAGUUUAGUAGUCACAAUGAAGCACAGGCAGCUAUCAACGGCCUCCAUGGCAGCCAAACAAUGCCGGGAGCCUCAUCUAGUCUAGUAGUGAAAUUCGCAGACACCGAAAAGGAGCGGCAGCUACGGCGAAUGCAGCAGAUGGCUGGCAACAUGGGCUUAUUAAAUCCCUUCAUCUUCAACCAGUUCGGCGCCUACGGAGCUUACGCGCAGGAUCAGUUACCAGCCACCACCGGGGAGCAAGCACAAUACCUUCCACACGUAGGCAGGGCCCUCUACCACACGGCCACGGACUGGAAACUCGAUUAUACUUCGGCCAUGUACAUGCAGCAACAAGCGGCACUCAUGGCAGCAGCCCAGGGCGGAUACAUCAACCCAAUGGCGGCAUUGGCAGCUGCUCAGAUUCCCCAGAUCGGCGCAAUGCCCAAUGGCCUGGCUAGCCCUGCACUCACUCCUACUUCUGGCGCAGCGACCCACCCAGUCAACGGAGCGCUGCCUUCUCCAACCGUCACCAGCUUCACAGUCGCUCAAGCCAAUGGACAGACAGGUGAAGUCUACACAAACGGCAUGCCUCACUAUCCAUUGCAUUCCGGUCCGCCUGACGCCGUACGAGUGAUAUUACAAGAGCUACCUAGUCACCUUCACACAGAAGAAACACUUCUUUCAGCCCAAGCCAUCCCCAACGGAGAUGCUCUUCAACCUGCUGCUUAUCCAACGUUGCAGCCGUAUCCCGCAAUACCUGCGUAUCCCGCUGCAUAUGGCCAGUUUGCUCAGGCGCUCGCGCAACAACCGACGGUCGUUCCUCAAACUCAACGAGAAGGCCCUGAAGGUUGCAACCUUUUCAUCUACCACUUGCCCCAAGAAUUUGGAGAUGCCGAGCUCAUGCAGAUGUUCAUGCCCUUCGGCAACGUGAUUAGCGCCAAGGUUUUCAUCGAUCGUGCCACAAACCAGAGCAAGUGCUUCGGCUUCGUGAGUUUCGACAACCCUGCCAGCGCCCAGGCUGCAAUUCAAGCAAUGAACGGCUUCCAGAUUGGCAUGAAGCGCCUCAAAGUUCAGCUGAAGCGCCCCAAGGAUGCCAACAGGCCCUACUGAGGGUCACCACCCAUUUCCACCAGCAUGUGUUCGUAAAUAUGUAUUCUCGUAUAUAUUGACAUAUACGGGGUAUGUAUUUACCGACAUGCUCAUCGGCCACAGAUGAUGCCAAGGAUGCAGAGAAGCUGAAUACUAAAAAUGUUUACCCACCAUGGCAUUGCUACACCAGAAAAAAAAAAGAAUAUAUAGUUAGGAUAAGCUUAGUAACAAAGUGGGGAUUAGAAGUGAGCUAGAACUGAUGUAGAGGCCCGUCUAGGGGACAGAGUGCCGCAUGCCAAAGGGUUAAGAGAGACAUAGCGAUCCUUUGGGCAUUCCCCGAGAGCUUUUAACGUUAUUUAUGAGUGGCACAUAAAGAGUCGUAGAUGGUAUAGCCUUUAGACAGUAGUUACCCGAACCAUGCCUUCACAUGAUACAAGCUUUUACUGACGUUUAUUAUAAUGGCGAGUGAGCAAAGCAUAGGGUUCAUAGCUGAGGUCGUCAUACUCUACCAUGUAUUGUACAUUACGUAAAUGCAGGCAGAGGUUCGAGACAAAUAGUCUUAGUCUCGCAUUCAUUACUCUUGUAUUAUCAUUCUGUGAAAGCUUUCUACGGAAGGAAGCAAGGCAGUGGUGGACAGUCAACUUCUUGUACUUACAAAGAGGUCGGGUUCCUGAAACCAUAUCAUCAAGGAGGAUGUCGACUCAGAAGGCUCCAGCUGGGUUGGCAGUUUGGUCAAGUUGGAUGAAGAAGCGUUUGAUAUUGAAGAUGGCUCACCGCUCGUGACAAGGUCGUGAUCGUGCCAUUUUGUAAAAUCUUCAGAGUUGGAACGCUUAUUUUGACACAUAAACAAGACCUCGACCAGA